ACUAUAUUAAUUUAUUCUGUAAUUCAGAUUCCUUUAACGAUUGCUUAAGUUGCCGUCGUCGUCAUCGUCGUUGAUAACGGGUCGGCGCCGUGAUAACAGGGGCACACCGCCUCCAAACAACCCCACCACUACCCGUUAUUGCUCUCGAACAACAACGUCGACGGAGCUAAUCUGUUUAUUCUGUUGAUGUUCCCGAGUCGGACGACGUUCAGGGUUUUUUACAUAUUUUUAUUGUGUUUUCGUUACCGCGUACGCGUUCACUCCGAUGUCUCUGUAAACGUCACGAGGACGGAGAGGUGGACGAGCGUGUCCAUUAGCGAGACCGUGUUGCGCGUUCUACACGGUCGUCUAGUGUUGUCUGCGAGGAGACGAAAAGAUAUCGACGACCGUGGAUUUUGUCCAGUGGGAUAAGUCUGUAACGAGGACGACAAAUCAGCCAAACUGUGUAUGACCCUAGUUGUUGUCUGCCAUGUGUGAAAACGCUAUUCACCCCGUACUUACACAAAAACAAAUUCAAACUAGUUAGUUUGUUAAACGAUGCAAGUUGAUAAAGAAAAGGUCAUUAAUGAUUAAUGAUUGAUGAAUUUGAUGUCGUAGCUCCAGGUGUUUAUGUAUAGGCUAUUAUAGCUACAGUGAUUGCAAUUCAUCUGUGACGACAAUGGAUCCUGGACGGCCACAGCAGCAGGACAAAAAGCAGCUAUUGCAGCAACAGCAACUUAUGUUGCAAAAACAAUUACAACAGCAACACCAACACCAACAACAGCAAUUAUUAAAACAACAACAGCUUAAUCUCCAACAGCAGCAAUUAAAACAGCAGCAGCAGCUCUUACAAACACAACCGAAUUCUCUGCAACAGCAGCCGGUAUUACAAGCCCAACCCCAAUAUUUGCAACAGCAGCUAUCGUCCAACCAACAACAACUGUUGAUACGGAAUCAGGAUUUUUUGAAACAACGGAGUAUGCAACAUGGUAAUUUGAAUCAGCAGCAACUUCUGGAACAUCAAAAAAAUCAAGAUCAAGCUAUUGUUGAACUUUUACAACUCCAUGAUAACAAUGAGUAUGAAGAUAAAAAUCAAGAAGACUGUCUUAUUGUACAACGGCAACAAGUAAUUCAACCACAACAGCAACCUUGUUUACAACGACAACAGCCGCUGCAGCAGUUACAAUCACAACUAGUGCAACAGUCUCAACUUGGUCAGCAACCACAGCAUCAACAGCAACCACAAUUUAUACAACAAUCGCAGAAUCAAUUUCAGAGUUUACAACAACUACAAAAUAUGUCGCAAAUACAAAAUUUGCAACAUCUACAGACUGUGCAACAAUCUCAGCUGAUAACACAACCACAGGUUGUACCAAAAACUCAAGCUGAACGUCAACCUCAAGUCGUAAGACAGCCGCCGGCCGUACAAAAACCCAGUACGUUACAACAACCACAGGGCGUACAAAAACCCAAUUCUUUACAACAAUCGCAGAUUAUACAGCAACAGAAUAAUCAGUAUUCUCCAGUGUCUACACAGCAACAGUCUAAAAAACAGCCCCCUCCUCAUACUCAACAAUUACUCCAACAGCAGCUACAACAGUUAUUAUUAAAGAAUAAAAAUUAUCCACAGCGUAUCGUCGUUUUGGGUAAUCAACCACAGCAACAGCAGUUAUCAUCACAGCAACCACAACGCGUGGUAACCAACAACAGUACUGCUCAACAACCACAGCAGAUGCAAUGUGUUGUUGUAACAAACCCUGGCCAACAACCUCAGCAGAUGCAACGUGUUGUCGUUACAGGAACCGGUCAACAACAACAACAACAACAACAGCAUCAACAACAACAACAGCAGCAGCAACAACAACAACAACAACAACAACAACAACAACAACAACAACAAAUUCAACGUGUCGUAGUGGGGAACAACAAUCAACAACAGUCUCAACAAAUGCAACGUGUAGUUGUUCCGACCACUGUAACACAUCAACAAAUGCAACGUGUUGUUGUUACAAGCAGCGGCCAGCAAAUACAGCAACAGCAGUUACAACAUGUCAUUCCAGGUACUAGCCAACAACAGUCACAUCAGGUGCAAAACGUGGUUACCCAAACAUCUAUCCAACAACAACCACAGCAGUUGCAACGUGUUGUCGUCACACCUACCAGCCAACAACAGGUUCAACGUGUGGUUACUUCCACCCCAAAUCAGCAGCAGCAGCAGCUUUCGCAGCAAAACCAACCAGUGCCACAACGUAUUGUUAUUGGUCAACUCAAAACAUCGCAGCAAACACAGCAAACGCAAUCGCCAUCACAAAAUGGAAUAGUCCUUAACCAACAAAUGACUCAACGGCCAAUAGGAUCAAUACAGCAGCAACAACGUGUCGUCAUUGCAGGCCAACAACAAAUUUUAAAAUUAUCGAACCAGCAACAAUCUCAACAGCAAAUCACACUUCAAAAGCAGUUGGCCCAUAAAUUAUUGCAGCCCACGCCACAACAGCAGCAACAAGAUGUAGUAAAAAAUCAACUGCAACAACUAGAUGUAGCGAAAAACCAACAGCAACAAGAUGUAUUAAAAAACCAUCAACAACAACUAGAUGUAGUAAAAAAACAGCAGCAACAACAAGAUGUAGUAAAAAACCAACAUCAACAACAAGACAUAUUAAAAAAACAACUGCAACAAGUGCCACAUCCACAAUUCUCGCAAGGUACUGUUGUUCCUCUAACGCAGCAACAGCAAAAUAACCUAAACUUAUCUAAUGAAAAUUUGGCAAAGGAGCUACAUAUUAAACAGUCCCAUCAACAGUUACAGCAAUUGCACAUACAGCCAUCCCAAAAACAUUCACAGGAACAAAUAAACAAGCAACUACAACAACAAAAACUUAAACAAAAGAAAGAAAUAGAUCAGCUACAACAUCAAUUGAAACAACCUCAACGUAGUGGUGUGAUAGUAGGACAGUUGCAACAACCAGAAAAACCAGAACCAGAAAAGUUAAAAAAGCAACUCGAGAUACAGCAACAACAGCGACAGAAACUACAAGAUCGCCUUCUUCUGCAACAACGGCAACAACUACAACAACAAAAAAAACUCAAAGAGCAACAAUUGCAACAGAAGCACCAACAACAGCUUCGUGAACAAGUCUUAUUACAGCAACACCUUAAACAACAACAACAGCAGCAAUUACAGAAAAAAUUACUACUCAGACAACAGGCAUCUCCAGAAAACCGUUUAUCGAUAAUUGUAAAUGGAAAUCAAAAUCAGAAAAUACAAGGUGAAGAGAAAAAAAUCAAUCAUCCGGAAAAAUCAGAAGAACGAGAACAUUUACGGCAUAUAGAAAAAGAUACUGUUGCUGAAAAACAGUAUCAACAUGGUAUUAAACGAAAUAAUAACGAAAAUGUGCCUGUUAGCGAAAAAGAGUUUUUACUAUCGUCUUCAUCGGAUGAUGAUGACGAUGACACCUUACGUAAGCAACGAAAUUUGCUUCGUGAAGCUGAACGUCUCGUUCAGGAACGGUACGACGCACUAACAGUGGUUUUAGGGCCGAAGUACCAAGCUCAAUAUGAUGAAAUUUUAAGAAACUGGCUGGCGAGUCGGUUAUCUCGGGAAGAGUUUGAUCGUGAGAUUCGCAAGGUGAUGUAUAUUUCAUGGGUGGCUAUGACAAAAAACACUGAUAAUGAUAACAAUAGCAAAAAUCUAUCUAUUAAGACCAGUAAUACUAUGACUUCGAAAAAAACUGCCAAAAAGGAUGCCACCUUAUCAAAGAUUAAAGAAGAUAAUGGUUCCUUAAUUAAUUCGUCAACUCAAAAAUCGCCCACAUUAAAAAAAGUGGCUGAAAUAAACGAUGAUUUAAAUAUUAAUAUUGAAAAGAAGGAAGCUAAGAUCAUUUUAGCAGAACGAGUUCCGUUGCAUAACGCAUUAAUCACCAGUUUAAUAAUGUGGAUGCCACUUAAUUGUCAGUGGUUAGAACUGCGAAAGGCACGUUCUCAAGGUGUAUCCGAGAGUGGAUCUCCGUUACGAUUGUACACUUAUGCAGAUGUUCCACAAGUGCGAGGCCCAAGUGACCACUGGUACCCUGAUAAGCCUGGCAGUUUGGCCCAUUUUUACUGGCCAAAUAUUUUGCCAUGCAUGUCUUCAUUGGUGGAAAACAACGAACACCCUACACCGAAAUUGUCGUUUUACGAACAAGAGGAAAAGAAAGUUGCUGAUGCUGUAGCUGCGGCAGUCUUAAUAAAGCCACCAUCGUGCAUAUUGCUCCCGUUGUUGAUGGAGGUGGCCGAAAACACAGAAAAGUUGCGAAGAGCAAGGCAAAUACAGUAUCAAAAGAGGUUUCCAAAAAAACAAAAUGUCAAAGUUACGAAAAGAUUACAAUGGCAACGGUUACAAGAACAAAAAAAGUUGGCUACAAUGGUGCGAUUACGUGACGGAUGUUCAAGACUGUUGCGUGAACUUAAAAUGCGUCUCCGAUGUCUCGCCAAUCAAGAAGGCCGACUAAUCGAACGGUUGCGUCGGCUUCAGAUUCGUAUGUCACGACGACGGCGUCAAGUCUUGGAGGAAUUUAAAAUUCGCGAGAAUGACCUAAAAUCUCGAAUACGGAAGUUUUUUGAUAGAUCAUACUUAGAACAGCCAAAUACUGAUUUUCAAGAGCGCCUACAUACAGAUGGUUCUACUAUUGAAGAUGAUAUAACUGAUGACGAUGUAAAUGAUAAUGAAAAAGAACCUCAAAAUAAUUCGCUCAAAAAACAUUGGAAAGAAGUAAAUCUACUGGAGAAAAAUCAUGGAAAAAAGAAGCAGUUGAAAACUACAACUACUGGCCAUCAAUCUAAACUAAAUGUUCGAGCUCAUCGUCCCCAAUCAACGGCUUUGACGAUACGAUUAUUGCGUGACCGACAACGAUUCUUGGCAACCACCAGGUUGCUUCAAGUAACCAAGCAGGAGCGCUUACAAAUAAGUAAUCAUGCUGAUUAUGUCCGAGAGGUCCGAAAUAAGAACUGUCCUUGCGGAGUGUCGGAUAAUAAACCAUGUCAAUACCGAAAACAGAUCCGUCAAUUACGAAAAAAGUUAAGAGCUCAUGAAUUGGCUGCCAUCAAGGAAGAAAUAGACCGAGAGCUAGUCAGAAAAGCAGCUGAAAAAGAAAAAGUAGAUGCCGAGGAACAUCAAAAAACAGCAGCCAUAGAAACCGAAAAGAAAAAAGCAGAAACCCAAAAGAAAAAAACCGUUACAAAAUCAACAAAGAAAAAAAAAGCGGCCAGGACCAAGAAAAAUAUCAAAGUUGAAGUAGAGGAAAACAAUGCUGUGUCUAUUGCCAAAGGCAAGGCAAUCGAUAAUAGUCUCGUGAAAACCAAUGCAACUACUAAUAAUAGUACUUCAAAAAAAAUUGCAUCCAUGGUUACCACUAGCACGAAAAAUGUAAAUACCAAAGGGCGACAACCCUUAGACAACCUAGACAAAGUUAACCAAGGAAAACAUAAUAAAGGAAUCAAUAAUUGUGAACUAUUGUUAGAUAAAUGUCCUCAACAAACUCGACUUGAUACUUUAGGGGAUACUAGAAACCGGAUAAGACCACCUCUACCAAAAGAUAAAAGAAGUGUAGUCAAUGUAGCUGAUGCUGCUGCUCGGGCGGCUCAAGCAGCAUUAGCUGCAUCAAAGAAAACUCAGCUUCGAAAAACUAGAGCGGCUGCAGCUGCAGCUGCUGCUGCUGCUGCUGCUGCUGCUACUGCUACUGCUGCUGCUGCUACUGCUUGUGCUACCACUACAAGUACUGUGUCUUCUUCCGGUAAAGUUGAUAAUGAUCGGCGAGCAAGUGAACUUAUGCCGCCACCACCACCGCCGCCACUUCUGCCAUCAUCUCCUCCAAAAACUAUUACUACUCCAAGAAAUCCUACAAUCGGAGCUCGAUACUUGCAGCAACAGCAGUUAUUGUUAGAUCGACACAGACAGCUGGAACGUAUUCGACGUGAUGAGGAAGAACGCCGACAACGAGCCCAAGAUGAACGCCUGCGGCUAAAGCAGGAGAGUUCAGAUAAAGAAGAGGAUAAGGCAAACAUGAAAAUGGAAGAAGUCGCUUCACCAAAUUUACCAUUUUCCCAACGAAUGAAAUCAAGGCGACAAAAAGCUCCAGUAGGCAUCAUACACCAGGACAUGAAUCGAGAAACUAACUAUAAAGAACAUGAAGAUUUUAGUAAAACUAAAAACGGAGAAGAAAAUCAACAAUCAAGUGAUUAUUACUUUUAUUAUGGUGGUGAUGAUGAUUAUUAUUCAUCAGAUGAAGAAUCAUCUGGAUCAUCAUAUAUCGAACCUCCAUUUCCUCCGCUUUUGCAUGAUCUUCGGAUGGACCAAUUACCCCGGCCUACAAAUAGGAUGCUAGCCGGGGCCGUUCUUCCACCUGGCGUUCGAUCUCGGUUGCAACCAAUACGACAAUCAAAUUCCAAAAUUCAUGAUGGAACUUCUCACCGUACACUUCAAGUUGAGAGGCUUCAGGAACUAACAACUAUGGAGAAUGAUAAUGAUCCGGUUCAAAAUGAAUCUACAAAAAUGUAUAGUAAAUUGAGUAAAGGACUUAAAACUGAACUUGUAGUACAGCGGGAUCUGCAGAAAGGAAAAUUUGACGAUACUAAAAUGUUACCAGAAAAACGAAAGCGUCGCCAAGAUGCAAACAAAUUGCCAGAAGGGAAGACUUUCGAACGAGUUCAACAGGAACGACAAGAGAAUGGAAAACCUAACCCGUUGACGGAAUGGACCAACCGAGAAACAAAACAAGUAGAAAUUACUUCAGUUAAAAAAUCGAGUUCAUGUAUAAAACAGCAACAAAAACACCUUGACAAUCAAGUGCAACAACAAAACUCUAUAAAUAAAAUAAUGCGAUCAGUUCCAUCAAAUAAAGGCCAAGAUACAAGCGUAGACGUUGAAGAAUUGCGAUCUGUGCAAUGGAAGGCGCCAUUGACGCAGUGGAAUAAACGACCUGUUGAAUAUGAAGCAGCUGUUAAACAAAGAUACCCGAUACAAAAGAAGGGGAAUGACUUACAGAAUUUGAUGAAGGAAAAAAUACAGACAUACAAACCAGCCAAAUUUGAAGGUUCAAGGAACCAUCUGUAUGACCAGCAACAGAAGUUAAAAUCUGAAGUUGAACGACAGAAAUGUGAACGUAUCAAAAUGAAAAAUAUGGUAUUCGAAUACCAAAAACUUGUAAAUACUUUACCUCUGAAUGAACAGUUGCAACAUAUGAUCCAAUUGCAACAGUACCUUCGGCCGCCGAAAAAUAUGAUUGAAAAGACUACUGUUAAGUAUAAUCCGUCCGUACAGCAACAACAUGUAGCAUCAACUAACGAUAUGUGUAUAUUACUAGACGAUUUGACUGACAAUAGUCAAGAACAAACAGUACAGAAACAAAUAAGUAAUCUGUUGUUAAAAAUAAAAUAUCAGCAAGAAGAAAUGUACCGACAUUUUUUUUCUGACGACAUAGCCCGUUGUCAAGGAAUAGUUUCUAAUAAGCUUGAUAUUAAUAACGUGGAACAAAAUGAUCUGAAAAACUGGUGUGACUUAUGGCCCGCAUACGAAGACAAGCCAAAAAACGAUGAAUUGAUGGACGAAGAACAAAGGUUACUCCGGACCCAAGAAUUGAUUGAGCAAUACUAUUCCAGUAAUAAUGACCAAAAAUCAGUGCGUUCGUUGGAACAACAAAAACGGAGGCUUGGACGGUAUGGGCGAGAACGGCUUGAACGAGAACUACCUAUGUAUCAACAACUACGAAUAAAACAAAUAAAGCAAUCAGAAAUAUCAGCAAGACCAAAUCUCACAGAACAACAAAUAUUAAAACGACAAAAUCUGCAGCAUAUUGAGCAAAAUUUACCGGAACGACAAACAUGCCUGGACCAAUACAAGCGACUUGGACGAAUUGAGCAAUUAGAACAACAAAAACACCUAUUAGGUAAUCGACAACAACAUCUGAACAGACAUAAGACUCAACAAAUACAAGACAAGCAGCAACAAAAUUCUGACGUUGGACGUACCUCUAUUCAGAAGCAGCUGCCUCAGUACUGUUGGACGGUUAGUAAAUUUCAAGUGUCAACAACUCUAUGUUACGACGAACAACUUCCACUACGUGAUCAAUUGUUGCGUAAAAACGCUAAAAAGAAAGAUUUGCGAGUAAUUAAAGUUAUUCGGCAACAACAGCGUUCCAAAUCCACAACACAGCGUGUAACUGCGACUAGACCCGAGAUAAUGUCUAGCGACGCCUCUAAUUUAGAUACAAUUAGACAAAAGAGUAGAGGAUCGCAACUUUGGUGGGCAAGCAUUGGUCUGCAACGGCAAAUAUCACCGUUAGUCACGGGCGUUGACAUUCAAGCUGAUCAAGAACUAACGCCUCUAGCAAUGAUGCCACUUGGUAAUCUACCACAGGUGACUAGACCGCAAAUUGGCACAAAAGUUGCAUCUGUCAUAGACGUUCACCCGAAAAAUGAAACGACAUUUACUAACCAAAGUAAACUUAAAAAGUGGUUGACACCACGUUUAUUAAACAUGAUGACAAAUGUUGAAGAAAGGUGGCUGCAACAGUUACAAACCAAGAUAUCACAACUUGAUCAACAAGUAGACCUACAUUUUAAGGCUAUGAUAGAUAGGCAACAACAACAAGUGAAAUUACUACUGAAUUAUGACAGACACCUGCAAUGCAUAAAAGAAAAAAAGCGGCUAGAACGUGAAAGACGGAUACAGCAGCUGAAAAAACGAACACCGUUUCAAGCGUUGCCGGUACACCAUCAGCAAGCACAUACGUUACGUGCAGCGGGCCAUAUACGACAACAACAACCAGAAAUACCAAUAAUUGUUAUCGAUGAUGAUAAUGAUGAGCCACUUAAUGAUACGAGAGUCGUUGGCCAAAAACAGGAUAAAUAUCAACAUCCAGUGUUCAUUGAUGAUGAUCUGCUGAGACAUAAAAUAGAAACAAAAGUAUUGUAUGAAGAUCAGCACAAGGGAAUCAGUAAUCGAUGGAAACAGUUAGAAGUUAUACGUAAAGCACACCAAAAGCAAUGGGAAUUAAAACUAAAGAAUUUAUUUUCAUAUAAGGCAACCAAUAGACAAUUUUGUCGGGAACUUAAUGGGCGUUUGAUGAUGCAAAUAAAGGAUCCAAAUUUAAUUAAUGCUUUAGAACAGCUUAACGGAGGGCCGUUAAGAUAUACUGAACGACAACAACUUGAGCAGCAAAUGCUACUUUCAGAAUCACAGUCCAUGGCAGAACAAUCAAGAAUGUUAAACCGUCAAAAAGAGCUUUCACAAAAGCAAGCCGUAAAAACCCGAUCUCAGAAAACACCAAUAGGACAGAAAAAACAGAAAAAAUCCAAAAAAACGAUGAAGCAGCAACGGUCAACACUUAAACUAUCGCAAAAUUUGAACUAUACCAAUAAAAAUCAACCAAAAAAAUCCUAUGAACACCAAGAAUCAGUCAAUAUUCGCCAACUACGUAGUAAAAAAAUCGCAGCCGUAAAUCAACUAUCACAAAAGCGUUCAAAACAACAAAAUAACCAAAAUCAACUACAAAUACAAAUAAAAUCUCCACUAGAACAGCAAAAACAAAUUACAAGGAUACAGUUAUCACGAAGUCAACUGUUAACGAAAGUUAAGGCACCUGUUGUGAGUUCAAGACACAUUUUCCUGCUACGAAACAGAAUACUCCAGGUACACUCAAACCGCAAUAAGCGACUACGGAACCAAAAUCAGCGAUUGGUGCCUAAGCAAGAUGUCAUCAUUAACACCACAGAAAUGCAAAAUCUAAAUGAAUCUACCAAAUUGGUUCUUAGAAAAAUGGCGUAUUCGCUGCAUAAUCAACGGUCCUUAUUACAGCGCCAACUGGAUAGAUUAAACGAAAUCCAUCCUGAUAAAAUUAACAAACAAAUAGAACCUUCAGUUUCAAAAACAUUGAUAAUGUCUGUUCGACAGCCUUUGAUAACUUCUCUGAUAUUGCCACCAUUGCAACCAUCAACCGUAAAACAACAAUCUUUGACUUCUACAGUUAUAUUAAACCCGCAGCGACCUUUAGCGUCCAUAGAUCAAUCGAGGAUGUCUUCGGUAAUGUUAAUAUCACAACUACCAAUGCAACCGAUUCAACCAACUGCGUCAACAUCAUCAGUGAACCAACCAUAUCAACAAAGGAAACUGUUGGAAGAAAAAUGCCUGGCAUUGAAACAGCAGCUCAACGGCGUUCACAGUAAACUAAAACCGCUGAUGGAAAUGUGGCAGCUUUCACUUCAGAUGCCUGGAAGUUGGUUAUGCCAUCAAUUGGAUGAUAUUGAGGAGUUAAGACGGAAAGAGUUUUCAAUUAAAUCCAUGUUAGAUCUCAGACAUUUGAGUGGCCAACAGCAAAAACAAAAACUUCUCCAAAAUAAUGAAGUUUCAGUUUUGAUGGCUUCAACCUCUAUGGCCCAGUGUCCAUUGCAACAGUUGCAACGGAUCCGGGAACACCUGAAUUGGCGACAACAACGAUUGCGUGAUCUAAUUGAAGACUUGCUGGUAUUGAUUUGCCCAGAACAACAUCCUAUGUUGUCUGUGACAACUCGGCAAUCUCCGAGUUGUUCCGUACUGAUCAAACUACAGCAACAUUCGUCCAUGACGGAACAAAUGAAUUCAACUUAUUCAGCGCUUUUGAACUUGCAAAGCCCUUCAUUAUUGAAAGAUAUUGAACAACAAUUUACCACCUAUUCAUUGUUAUUUAAACUGAAAAAACCAAAGAUGGCAAAACAGCAGUCAUUAGUGUAUUCAACAUUAUUAAAACUUCAACAACCACCGAUGCCAGAACAAUCUUCAUGUCUCCCUAUGAUAACUACACCGUCAGCAUCUAGUGAGCAACAGUCAAUUGCUUUUGUUUCAGAACAUCUUAUACAUAACCCUGAAACCAGUAAUUAUGUGCACCGUUCUAAUGAUCAAGUACAAGAAAAAAGACGGCUCAGUAUUGGAGAUGGAACUGAUGAUAAUUGCAAAAGACUUAAAUCGUCUAGCAAAAAGAGAUCCUUAUCACCGUUAAACUCUGUGAGUUAUAAGCGAGCUGUGCCUGCCUUAACUAAAAAUACUGGCAUUGACAAAAGCAUCCCUAUUAUUAAUCUUGUGGAUUCUGAUGACGAUAUCGAAAAAUUAGAUUCUGAUUCUAGCACUGAGUCAUCGAACGAAGCUAGCUUUGGUGUGCAAGUUUCAGAAAAAUCACCAUUAACAAUUAAAAUUAUUAAAAAAAAACCACUUUCAAGUACACAACCGAUAAUAAAAAAUAUUGUAAAUAAAUCAGAAAUACAUGCCAUGAAUUCUAAAAUUAAAGAAAACAUAAUCAGUAUUGACUUAACCAAAGAUUUAGAGAAAACAACGAAUGAAUAUUUGAAGGAAACUAAUAAAACGAGGAAAAUAGAAGGUGAAGAUUUCAACAAACUAAAAUCAAAUAAGGAUGAAGAUAAUAAAACGUUAAUCAGUGAACAAAUAUACAUUGAAGAUGUUGAAGUGACAGGAACAUCGGUACAUACGACAAUUGUUAGUAGACCAACACAGAUAGCUGUCCUUGUCAACAGACCAAAAGAGACAUCGCCGAUUAUUAAUAAACCAUCUGUUGACAACAAUCAAAUAUUAAAGGUAGCGGUUGUUGAGUGCACAUCAUCAAUGAUUACAAAUGUUGGUAGUAAAUGUAUAAAUGUUGUGCCUGGUGGUAGAAAUACAAUAAAAAUGAUGGGUGGUGUAAUAGACCCAACAUACGUAAAUAGUGUUGAUAGGACAAUAUCAGUCAUCAGCAAAUUGACUGAAGCAGCUGUGAGUGUUAUCAGAAAAACACCGAUGGCAAUGAUCCAAAACCAUCAGCCUGCUGUUGGCCAAAUACCUACCCCAAUAAUCACACCUAUUGAAAAAUCAAAUACGAAAAUGACAAAGUCAAUAGACCAAUCCCGGAGUAGCAAUGGUGGAACCGAAAAUACUAAAAAUGUAAAUAAAAGUAAAAUUGUUACGUCAAACCACCGUUGUCGAAUAGGUCCAUUAGCACUUUCAAAGACGGUUCGGCGGUUUCGACGCUUGAAUCGUACUUUAUCGUUGGAAACUCGUGGACCCGCGGUUCCUACUUUCCGUGACCAUGGAUUUGCUCAAGGUACUAUUGAACAAGUAGUUCAUGGGCGGUUCGUGACCACUAUAAUGACCAUGUCGGCUGCUUACACUAUUGCGUCAUAUAUACCUCCGCCGCUUCCACGAAUACCAUUUGACUAUGCAUCAAUAUAUAAACAUGUUGGUGAUAUGGCGUCUACAGCUAAGGGUAAUAGUAACAGUAACGUAGACAACACCAGCAACAAUGAAAAUAUCAAAUCAGCAAACACACCGCUAACACCACUGUCUGCUAUCAUGGGUUUGUUAGAGAAAACUGUGGAAACCUCUUCAAACAUUGCAUGUGGUAAUGGUCAUAUUUGGAAAGGUUGUGCACGGGCAUCUGGCCCUACUCUAAUGACUUUAAGCAAGGUAACCAAAGAAGCUAUAACACGAAAUACUGCCAUCCAAUCACGCACUACUUCUUCGUCUCAUUUGACCACGGGAGCGAAAGCACCGUCUACCAUACCAGCAAGAAUGUCGAGGUCAUCAAGAAAAAAGCCCAUACCCAUGGUGACAAAUUCGAUAAAAAGAUCCGUGUCAGCCACUGUACCCACUUCGUCUAUCUCUAAUAGUAACGGAAAACAACAAAUAACCAACAAAAGGUCUACUUCGCUAACUUCCAUAGCAAAACCGUCGUCAAUGGAAAUUAUGACCCCAAGUUCUACUUCAUCAAUCAAAAAAGCGGUAGUAGGGUUGUCUUCAUCACCGCAAUCAGUUGGGCUUCAUAAUAGAUCCAAGUCAGCUACAAUGGUAGCCAGCUCCAGCAGAAUACAACAAUCUAAUUCUGUAGUUCAGCCUACCAAAAGAUCAGCAUCAGUAGCAUUUUCAUCUGUACCAAUCCUCACGUCUGAAAUAACGACAGACAUUGCCGUCCCAGCGCUGAAAACAAAAAUAUCAACCUCAACAAUAGUAGCCCAACCUCACAAGAGAUCAAAAUCAGCUGUAACAACUACCAAUACUUCUACUAUCAACGUAUCACCGACUUUAACAAAACCUAGUCAACUUGAAGAACGUCUUAGGCCUGUCAAACGAUCUGCAUCAGAAUAUGUCUCUCCCUCCUUAACUAGUAAAAUAUCGGACUUAUCACCUCCAGCAGUCAAACCGGCCAAGAGAUCUAAGUCAGCCGUAGACAUUACACCUGUGACAGAGGCAGCUGCUGUAUCUAGAAAUAAUUUUAUACAACCAAGACCGAUCAAAAGGUCUGCGUCAAUGGCAUUGUCACCGCCUUCAGUCCAACAAACUAACAAAUCGAAGUCGGCAGUUGGAACACCAUUAUCAUUUGACAAAACGCUGACCCUCCAAACUGGACCAACAUUGGUCAACGCUACUGUACCUGGGCCUAGAGUAUCAAGGAAACGUAAUGUUUCAAAACCAAUGCCUCCCGCAGUAAUGUUUUCAGCAGCACCGAAUGAUGCAAAAAAUAAUGUUGUCACCAACAAAGUUAUUGAAACCGGUAACGAAAGCGAAACUACAGUUGAAAAAACGACAACGAUCACAGAUGUAGAGCAGCGCACUGUGACUGUAACGCGAACUCUGUGCCCUACCAUUCCGGCACCGAUGGACGUAACAGCUGACGCGUGCUCACUCGUGACGGCCGCGUGUGAACAAUUCAUCAAAGCCAUGAUCAUGGAACGGCAUUUGAAGGCGGGUCGCGGUGCCGGAACGCUUCAAUUGCGCCGUCGAGAUGCAUUUGCCGCGGCCAUAGCAGUUGACGAUGAAAUUCGACCAUUUCCUGAUUAUUGUCGGACGCCGGUGAUUGGAACAACUAUAGCUAAUCCAAUGACACCUGCAUACGCACAAGGAGAUAUUAAUGAUGUAUAUAAGGAACCAGGAUCUGAACAAAAAUCUAUUAUCACCGACGGUAGAUGUGAUACAAAAUUUAUCGUUAUGACAUUAGACAAACCGGACCACACCAACGAACGGCGGUCUGUAUUAAAACAACAGUCAAUUAUUGCAGACAGUAAAUCGAGUAAUAAAUUGUCCGUACUGACGGUUAAGACGGUUAUUGAAACGCAGACUACUUCUUCCACGACUACUGCGAUCAAUAAACUGCUUGGUCCGACGACCAGUACUACUAAUUCUGCGGUAAAAACGAGAUCAUCGAGGUCGGUGGUUGAAGGGACUUCUGCCAGAACUAGAGGAACGAUGAUAUUGAAAAAGACGAGGAGUUUGGCGUCUACUUCAGAGCCAACGAUGUCAUUAAGCAGCAAACAACCGACAACUGUCGAUCAAUUAUCCGCGGAGCCAACGUUCGCUGGAAAGCGGGCGAUGAGUUCUCUGCCAGUCAUCGCACCAGAGACAACAACGAACUCUUCUGCCGUGGUCAACGAAGCCACCAAGACGCUGCCCGAGUUGCUUCCCGAUACCAUGUUGACAUUUAAAACUUCCACUUCGACUCGCGGAUUUUUUGUGCAACGCUCUAGACCACUGUUACGGCCCACUUUCAACCGGCGACAGCCGUUCGGCCCGCUGGUGGCUACCUGUACCAUGGCUGCUACGGAUUCAACGUCUGCCAACAACAUGUACUUUUCAGAUGAUCGUGGCCAAGAUUUGGGCACUCAGGUCAAUGGGCUGAACGACGAUCCCUUUACUGAUAUCUGGGGCUGUUAUUUCGGCAAUCAGAAAAUGUUACCGCCCUUCAGCAGGUUGAACAAUUUCUUAAACAUUGCCGACAAACCGGAGAUGCCAUCGUCCGAAAACUACGAUGUAGAUGGCGGCAGCGACGACGAUACCACCUACCUAACACCACCCAGUGCAUCGCCAAAAUUGUCGCAUGACAUCAGGAAGGUAGAUGACAACAGCGCUCAGGAGCAGGUGUUGUUGUCAAACAGUCGUCAACAACUGAUUCUCAUGGAGGUCGCCUGUCAGCAACAGCAAAUUGAUCAGCUGGAAGAAGAGAUGGAACGACGUGUUCAAGAAUACCAAAAUCGUGAACCUGACUCGGAGGAAGUGUACUACCAAAAAUUCCUAAAACUGCAGUUUGGUUCAACAAAUAUACCACCGGAACAUUCAAGAUUACGGCUCUCUCCGAAUAGCCACAGUCGCCACAGCUUAGUGAGUUGGUAAGAUCGGCUUUCUCGCGAAACCCAUCGAAAAAAUAUUUUUGCUCUAUGUAUCCAUAGAAAAUUGUUUAACUUCUACUUUGCGUCUUAAACUACUUUUUAUCCAUUCCAUCGUGUAGUGAAUUUUACGCAGGUGCUAUAUCAGAAUUUUUUCUUUAAAAAAAAAAAUAUGUUAAUUAGAGUUUCAGUAUUUACUUAUGCUUUGUGCACCGACGCUAUUAUUAUUUUUUUAUGUAUAGCUCGAUAAAACUAUUUUCGACACUUAAUUCAAAAAUCACUUGCAUCAUAAUUUUUAGGUUGUUAUAAGUAUAAAAAUUUAUUUUAUUUUUUAUAAGUUAAUUUUAAAAGAACUCAUUAUUUUUUCGACUUUUUUAAAUAUUAUAUAACAUUUCAACGUGUGUUAAAAACUAAAAUAUUUUAUCCUACGACUGAAUGUUUUGUUAAGGGAAUAAUAUAAUUGAAUGAAAUUAUAUUUUUAUAAUUAUUAUAAAUUGUGUUAAUGUAUGCAUUAUGGAGUACUCUGAUAUAUUAUUGUGAAAAUUCGUAACUUAUCUCAAGGAACGAAAUAGAUUUAAUGAAUUGUAAAUAGGUAUAAAAGACUUAUUGAAUAAAAACCAUUAAUUGUUUAAUUUUAAAGAUUAAAUACAUGGAGUGUGGUACCACACAAUUUUAAUUGUUUUAUGUAAAAAAAACUAAAUGAUGUCUUUUAUUUGUAUCUUGUAUGUCAUUAAAAUAUUUAAUUUAAAUGCAAUUAAAUGUAAUUUACUUGAAUAUUUCCUUCUUAUAUAUCAUUUGAUCUACUAAUAUCUAUAUUUUGAUCAUUAUAACUAGGGUUAGGAUAUUUAUGAUUUCACCUGAUUUUUGUAGGUUGCCUAUGCAUGAUGCAUUCUUAUAUAGAGAUUAGUUUUAUGAUUUCUUUAUUGGAAUGUCAACAUUUGAUUUUGCAUGUACAUGAUAGUAUGUUUUCUGAAAUUUAGCAUAUAAGAGGUGCAUAUUUCGACUUUUUAUAAUUUUCUAUACAAAAUACAAACAACAACAUAAACGUAAACGUAAUUAUUUAAAAAUGAAUCCAAGUUUGUAUAUCUGUAUUUCGUAUCAAGAAUUCUAUAUUACGAUUUUGAGAUAUAGGUAAGCAUAUACAAUAUUUUAUGCAGCUCGCGGUCGAUUGUAACAAUCAUAUUUAUCUUAAAACUGCGAUAACUUUGAAUUUUAUAUAUAAUUUUAACUGUAAUUAUUAAUUAAAUGUUUUUAAACACUUUUAUUUUACAAAUUUAUCCGUAUUUAGCUAUUUUAUAGUGCAUAAACAUCCUAACCCUGAUUAUAACUAUUUCUAAAUUAUGUACCUAUUGUAUUUAAGGUAUAUGUGUAAGCAUACAACAAUGGUAAUUGUUUUGCCUAAACUACUUAAAUGAUAUUUAUGUUAUUAUGUUUAUUAGUUAACAAUAAUUUUUUUAUGUUAUAAUUUUUUGGAUUAUUAUUUGUACUAUCAAUAAACAUGCGUGGAUCUAAAUAUCGUUAGUGAGGGGGGGGGGCUAAAUAAUUCAGAAAAAAAUUAAUGUUGGUAUAUUAUAAAAAAAUGUGGACAAGAUUUGAUAACAAUAAGAACAAUUUUAUUUAUAUUUCAAAUGUAUGGAACUUAAGACAUAUUAUAUAUUAAUACACACGAAUUAGGUUUAUAACACUUCGAAAAAGGGGUCCUAAGCCCCCCCCCCCCCUCACCCCUGGGUCCACGCUUGUCGUUCAGUAGCAAUGUUGUCGAAAAUUUUAAGAAUAAUGAAGAACUUUUAUACUGGUGUAUACCUACUAUUACUAUUAUUAAAAAAUAAAAACAAUUUUGUCGUGAUAUUAUAUAUUUAACCAUAAUUUUAUUUUAUAUUAAUCAACGUGUCUAAUCGCAAAGCAAUUUUAUAAGAAAUAAAUAUAAUUUACUCGGUAAAUAUAA